AUGUCCAAAGUCUGUCCGCGCUGGCAGCCAUCGAGCCGCCGCUUUAUCCGCAACUUGUCCAAGGAAUCUGGGAGGGGCGCUGCCUACGCCUGUUCGGAGGGCGAAGGGAACGCCCCCAAGUCCUGCUGCGGCAGGCCACCCCUCAGGCUCUGCGUGUUGUUCCUCGGCGUCGUCGGAGCCUGCCUCGUCGCCGCCGGGGCCGUCCUAGGCGCCCUCAGGCCGCAUCCAAGAGCACCUCUCACAUUACUGCUACUAAUGAUAGGCAUAGGUGUGGUGCUGGUAACCGCAGCUGGGCUGGCAUGGAGGCUCGGUGCUCGGGAUACGCCAUGCGCACUAUUGGGGCUCCGACGCGCUUCCUGCAGGCGGCUGGUGCCACGCUUACCACCCAGCUAUGCGCGGCCACACCACCCGUACGCGGCCAUGCUGUACCCAGAGUUCCAUUACAGACCACCGCCACCCACCUAUCAAGCCUCAAUGCAGGAGUACAGACUCAGGUUGCUUCUCCUAGACAGAAGCGCGCCCGCGGUGUCACCACCACCCACAUACCGAUCAAACUCAGCCAGUCUAGUCAGAGGAACGACGGGCGCGGCGUGGUGCGGCUCCGAGUACAGCGGGCCGCCGUCGUACAGAGCGCCGCGGGCGGACCCCCCCGUGGCCACAGCUGACGUCACAUCCCUCAGCCCCAUCGACCUGAAGUACGCAGGGGACGCGAUAGAACCCCUGCCCGCGCCCACGGAACAGAAGGACCCGGACGAGCACCUCGUCACGAUAGUGCACACGGACGCACAGCCCGUCAUAGUGACGGUGUCCGGUUCGCCGGCGCUCAACGAGACGCGCGUCACGCACACAUCCGAAAUCGACAUCCUGGCGCAUUUA